AAACAUUACAGCAUUCUGAUUCAUCCUAUAAACAAGGUAAUAGAUUUCAUUCAUUCUUCUCAAUUUCAAGAUACUGUCUCUCAAUUUCAAUUUUACACCAUACAAUUCAAUUACUAUAGGAAAAACAAAUAGUUUGAUGGAUAACAUACCAGAGCAUAUAGUAUGGGAAAUAUUGAGUAGGAUAAAGAAAACUAGUGACAGGAACAAUGUUUCCUUAGUUUGUAAAAGGCUUUACUAUUUAGACAAUGCACAGAGACAUUCUCUUAAGGUUGGUUGUGGAAUGGAUCCUGCAAAUGAUGCAUUAACAUGUUUGUGUAUUAGGUUUCAAAAUUUGUCUAAAGUAGAGAUCACGUAUUCCGGUUGGAUGUCGAAAUUAGGGAAACAGUUGGAUGAUAACGGUCUUUUCAUUCUUGCGAAUCGUUGUCCUUUACUACGUGAUGUUUCGUUAAGUUAUUGUACUUUUAUCACUGAUGUCGGUCUUCGUCACUUGGCGUCUUCUUCCGAGUUGUCGUCGUUGAGGUUGAAUUUUACUCCGAGGAUAACGGGUUGUGGAGUAUUGUCUCUAGUUGUUGGUUGCAAGAAUCUUUUGAGGCUUCAUCUUAUUAGGUGUCUCAAUGUGAGUAGUGUGGAGUGGCUUGAAUACCUUGGAAAAGUCGGAAUGCUUGAGGAUCUGUCUAUUAGGAAUUGUAGAGCUAUUGGUGAAGGUGAUUUGAUUAAGCUUGGCUCUGGUUGGGGAAAACUUAAGAGGUUGCAGUUUGAAGUGGAUGCGAAUUACCGAUAUAUGAAAGUUUAUGAUCGAUUGUCGGUAGAUAGAUGGCAAAAGCAGCAUGUUGCUUGUGAAAACAUGGUGGAACUUAGUUUGGUGAAUUGCAUCAUAAGCCCCGGUAGAGGGCUUGCUUGCGUGUUAGGCAAGUGCAAGAACUUGGAAAAAAUUCACCUUGACAUGUGUGUUGGUGUAAGGGACGUUGACAUAAUUUGUUUAUCUCAAAAAUCGAGUGACCUUCGAUCGGUUUCAUUUAGAGUUCCAUCUGAUUUUUCUCUUCCAUCCUUGGUGAAUAAUCCUUUGAGAUUAACAGACGAGAGUCUGAAAGCCUUGGCUCAAAACUGCUCAAAGCUUGAAUCAGUGAGCAUAUCUUUUUCUGAUGGGGAGUUUCCCUCAUCCUCCUCAUUCACAUUGAGUGGAAUACUUUGCUUGAUUCAAAAGUGCCCGAUUCGGAACCUUGCCCUCGAUCACGUUUAUUCCUUCAACGAUGUUGGAAUGGAAGCGCUCUGCACUGCAGAAAAUCUUGAAUCACUCGAACUCGUGAGAUGCCAAGAGAUUACCGAUGAGGGACUACAGCUUGUGAGUCAAUUUCCCCGAUUGUGUAGUUUACGGUUAUGCAAAUGUUUGGGAAUCUCAAAUGAUGGAUUAAACCCUCUUGUUGGAUCAUUCAAGUUGGAUUUCUUGGGAAUGGAAGAUUGUCCUCAAGUUUCUGAAAGAGGUAUCCAAGGAGUUGCAAAGUUUGUGUCUUUCAGGCAAGAUUUAUCUUGGAUGUACUGAACCUGUUGAGUUUUAUGGACAAGGUGAAGUCAAUGGCCAAUCUUUGACUCUCCACAAUGAUGCUCUAUAUCUAUAUGUUGUUGUAUAUCAGAUAUAUGAAAUUGUGCUCUUAUAUUUAAUUUGUACAUCCUGUUACCACAUUUUAUACCUUUAUGUAAGUUUACAUCAUAUCAUAUUAGUACAUUAAUACACAUAAGUCUUUUUUACUAUAUUCUG